AACUUGGAUAAAGCCCGGCCAACCGAAUACGAUAAAACAAUCCGCCGGAAUCCGCCCCUUCCUUCGCUGCUCCGACUCGGAGAAUGAAAAUACGCAGUAACUGAUGCAGUGGUACUGAUACUCAUCCAAGGAGAAACCAAGAGAUCGUCGCAUCCCGACGGACCCUGGUACUGGCAGAAAAAAGAAUAAAUUCUCUUGCUUGAUUUUUGUUGGAUUUUUGCAUUGUGAUGGUGAGUGCAUUCGUCUUAUGGGCUCUGCCAAACAUUUCCGAAUCUCUACUAUCCUAUACUCUGCUGAAGAUAUAAAGAUAUAUACCCAGUGGCUACAGAAAGGGUACCAAAGGCAUGGGGUCUCGCCUACAGGUUGAAGGGGAUGGGUCGGUUCUUUUACGUGUAACGCAUUCUAACCUCAAGAGUUUCUCUGCUGAUGUUCGCUUUUCUCUUCAGAUGACCAUUGAAGCUGUAAAAGAGAAGCUCUGGAAGAAAACUGGUACUUCUGUUAAUUCAAUGUGCGUUGAGCUAUAUGAUGACAGCAGAACUAAAAUUUCAGAUCUGAGCGACAACUCAAGACCUCUUGGAUUUUAUUCCCCACAAGAUGGGUUUCGAUUGCAUGUUAUUGAUCUUGAUCCUUCGUCAGUAACAUCUGGUGGCUGGUUGGAAGACACUUCGCUGGUGGAGAAAUACAAAAUAUCGGAAGAAGACUAUGAUAAACGUGAUGCUACUUUUAGGAGGUUCAAAGAAAAGCUGGCCCAUCAAACUCCUCCUGCUCGUGAAACCAAAAUAUCAAACAAUUACAUGGAGGAACUAUGUGCAAACAUCAAGGUAGGAGAUAGAUGUCAAGUUGAACCAGGAGAGAAAAGGGGUGUUGUCAAAUUUGUUGGCAGAGCCGAGACUCUUGGACCUGGUUUCUGGAUAGGAAUCCAAUAUGAUGAACCAUUAGGGAAACAUGACGGCAUGGUUAAAGGAACAAGGUACUUUGAUUGCCCACCACUUCAUGGUGCAGUGGUCAGACCAGACAAAGUAAAGGUCGGUGACUACCCAGAACGAGAUCCCUUUGAGGAAGACGAAAUUUGAGUAAAAUGAUGGAGAAGGCACUUGGGUGAGUUCUGUUUCAACAAUAUUGUUUGUACCAUGGCAUUAACCAAAUUUGAAGGUUUUAGGUGAGAAGUUUAUGAAGAGAGUUUGAGAGUUGGAGUUUGGUUUGACUAAUACUCAAUUCAUAUAUGUUGAAAGAAUGAUGAUAAACAACUCCGGUUACAGACAGAGGCUUAUUGUAGAUGGGUCGAUCUUUUAUCAAAAUCCUCAUUUCUAAAAGA